AUGCAGAUCUCUUCAGUAAAGCUCAGAACCUCGACUUUCACGUCCUCAGAGUGUUUGAACCAGAGGUGUUCGAUAAAGGCUCAGUCUUUUUCACUACCUAGUUUUCAGAAUGUCCAACAGAGUGUGAACCACUCACUCUCUUCUUCAUUCAAACCCCUUUACAUUUCUUCCACCGAGAGUUUCGCAUUGGUGAGCAAAACCCAGCGAGUUACAGAGUGCAAGGCCUAUGAGGCAGACAAGUCAAGACCUUUGAAGAUCAACAUUGAAUUGCCGGACCAGCAGGCGGCCUCUCAGAGGUUCAAGAUUGGUAUAUACUUUGCUACCUGGUGGGCUUUGAAUGUGGUGUUCAAUAUCUACAACAAGAAGGUUUUGAAUGUGUUUCCUUAUCCAUGGCUCACCUCCACUCUCUCACUCGCAACUGGGUCGCUCAUGAUGCUCAUUUCUUGGGCCACCAGGAUCGCUGAGGCCCCAAAAACUGAUUUAGAUUUCUGGAAGACUCUGUUUCCGGUUGCGGUGGCACAUACAAUUGGGCAUGUAGCAGCGACUGUGAGUAUGGCAAAGGUUGCGGUUUCGUUUACCCACAUCAUCAAGAGCAGUGAGCCUGCCUUCAGUGUAUUGGUUUCACGGUUCUUGUUAGGUGAAUCCUUUCCUCUGUCGGUUUACCUCUCUCUUUUUCCAAUUAUUGGAGGAUGUGCGCUUGCUGCCAUAACCGAGCUCAAUUUCAACAUGAUUGGGUUCAUGGGGGCUAUGAUAUCGAACCUGGCAUUCGUGUUCAGAAACAUAUUUUCGAAGAAAGGGAUGAAGGGGAAGUCUGUCAGUGGUAUGAACUACUAUGCUUGUCUGUCUAUGUUGUCUCUACUGAUCCUAAUACCAUUUGCCAUUGCCGUGGAGGGCCCCAAGGUGUGGGCCGCUGGAUGGAACACAGCUCUUGCACAAAUUGGUCCCAAUUUUGUCUGGUGGGUGGCAGCCCAGAGUAUCUUCUAUCACUUGUAUAAUCAGGUUUCGUACAUGUCAUUAGAUCAGAUAUCUCCCUUAACAUUCAGCAUCGGGAACACAAUGAAGCGGAUAUCCGUCAUAGUCUCCUCCAUCAUUAUCUUCCACACACCUGUUCAACCCGUCAAUGCACUUGGAGCAGCCGUUGCAAUCCUUGGCACCUUCCUCUACUCACAGAUCACAAUGGCAUGUGCAGACCACCCCAAGUUAUACAGAGACAUACAAGUGAACAACAGGCAAGCAUUGAGGAAUGUAAAGAUGCCAAGUUGCUUGAAACAUGGAUGA